CUAAGCCUGUUUAAUAAAUGGGCCUUGCGUCAAAGUCUCCAUCACUGAAACCGCCCUUUUUAGGUUAAUCAAUACUUUAUAACCGAAACUGAUAUUUUUUCUAGGGUUUCCUCUUCCGCAUUCGUCGUCUUCAGCUCCUCCUACACAGUUUCUUCUCUGAAUCUACUUAGGAAGCUAAAAUGGGUAGAUGUCCGACUAGAAAAGUGAAGAAGAGGAGAUUAUCUCACAAAACAGCUCGCCGUGACAAAUUCGAAGUCAAAGGCGAUGACUUGGUUUACACAGAGUUGCGUAAACCGGAGACGGAGAUUAAGCCGUUACAGCUUGACGAGGAUUUGCCUGGAAUGGGUCAAUUCUACUGCUUACACUGCGAUCGAUACUUCUCCAACGUAUCAGUGAGGGAUGAUCAUUUCAAGACUAAGAAACACAAGAAGCGUGUGAAUAUGAUGAUGGGACAAGCGCCACACUCGCAACUCGAUGCAGAUUUAGCCGGGGGAAUGGGGAUGCCGGACAAUGGCCCAAAGCUGAUGUCUAAUUUGGUAUUCACAGAGUUGCGUAAACCAGAGACGGAGGAUUUACCUGGAAUGGGUCAAUUCAACUGCUUACUCUGCCAUCGGAACUUCUCCAAUGCAUCAGUGAUGGAUUAUCAUUUCAAGACUAAGAAACACAAAAAGCGUGUGAAGAAGAUAGAGCGACCAGCGCCACACUCGCAACUCGAUGCAGAUUUAGCUGGUGGAAUGGGAAUGCCAGACAAUGGUCCAAAGCUGAUGUCUGCCUGAGUUUUUACAGUUAUUUUCCUUAUUUAGUUAAUGGAACCCGAAAUUUUGUUGUAAAACUAUAAUCUCCUAAAUUAAUGAUACAGGUUUUUUGUCUGUUGCCAAGU